CACCGCCUGGAACCCUCAGACCCUCUGGUUCACUCUUCCCUUCUGGAAUUCUUCUCUCCCUAUUUCUUACUCCUUGCGCCCGACUCUUUUCCUUUCAUUGCAUUUUUUUGGUCUUGGUCCCUGGUGUUCUGAUCCCGUUUGCAUUCAUUCUCUUUAUCUUAUUAUUUCAACCCGGGGUGUUGUUGCGUUUCUUCAUUACAAUCUCUAUUUUCUAGUACCACCCGCCGAUACAUUGAUAGACUUGCCUCCUUUACCCACCCCGUGGCGCUCCGACAGAACCGACAGGAGCCAAAGACCGUCAUUGCAUUUCGCCAUUGAUUUCGAUACACUUAGACGGGCAUUACACCAAAACAUCAGUCAUUUUUCUGGUUAUAUAUCAUUGUUGGAACCCCAGCCGAGGACGAUCUACGCCUCAUCACUACGUGUGACUUUGUUCAAUUCGUUUCCCCCAGUUAUCCGCCUGAUCCCCGCGUCAUGUCGCCACGAGAUAAUACCGUCGGCAUUACCUCGCGCCGUCGUCCGCAACCAGGGACAGCUGCCUACCCAAUUGCGCUCCCUAAAGACUAUACUUGUGACCAGUGGCAAAAGAUUUCGCUGGUGGAGGCGCGCGAUGAUGAUGCAUCCGCUAUUGAAGAGAUGGAGCCCUUUCCAGAGGCUGUGCCUCGGCGCCGUGCAGCCAAGAGCUUCUCUAGCCUGCGUCAUCCGAUGGAUGGACUAGUGGCGCUGGGCCGCCGUCUAUCUGUGACUCUCCGCAACAAGUCCUCGAAGCAAAACUUACGCGUCCCAGGAGAAGAGCAGAAUGACGAGAGCCGCCACUAUCACCACGCUCCGAACCACUCCAGCCACAAGCGCAACGCUGCGUCUGGCAGCUGGGGUAUGCGCUCGCGGGCGUGGUCUCAUGGCCCUAACUCUGGCAGCAUCAAUCGCCGCCCAUCUCUGAACAGCGUCUCUGCGCUGCAUGGAUUCUACGUUCCCACUGCAUGGAUUCCGUCUCCUAUUCCAGGCCAUGGAUUCGAGCCUCCCGUUCUGCCGAAUGAUAUCUAUGCGGGUGCGGCAGCUCGAGCUGCGGCCGCUGCGCAGAAUGAACAGAUGGAGUUGGCUCGAUUGGAAACGGCCAAGAAGGAGCGAGAUUUCAUCAACAAUCUGUCGGAUUUGACCUUGACUCAGGAUUCCGAGAGUGGGAUUGGAAUUGAUCUGCGGGACCCCUCUGAAAUCUGCAACACUGAAUUGGACAUUAUCCGCAUUGAUCCGGUAUCCUACCUGCCUUCGGAGGUGAUGACUCACGUCCUUUCAUAUCUGGACCCUGCGUCUCUCAUGGAGGCAGAGUCGGUGUCACAUUCGUGGCACCGUCAGGCAUCCUCCUCUCACGUUUGGAAGCAUGCGUUUCGUGGAGCGUAUCCCCGUCGGCCCGCCAGCGCCACGGCUACAAAGAAGAAGCAAUCCGUGGGCCUCGGCAAGUCCAUUCCCAACCAAGAAUGGAAGCGAAUGUUCUUUGUCCGACGUGCUCUGGAGCAACGCUGGAAAGAGGGCAAGGCCGCGGCAAUCUACCUCCAUGGCCACCAGGACAGUGUAUACUGUGCUCAGUUCGACGAGGACAAGAUUAUUACUGGUUCUCGCGAUCGGACGAUCCGUGUGUGGGAUGCUCACUAUCCCUGGUCCUGCCGCAAGAUCAUCGGCCCGCCCCCGGACGAUGUGUCUAUCGCGGGACCUGUGAACAACCCGGCGCAGCAAGCCACGGGCAAGUCUCCCUUUGCGACUAUCUGCCCGCCAUCUACUCCCUCGGCGGGCAUUAUCACACCAAUGGAACAGCCUGCAGAGUACCACAGUGCUUCCAUUCUGUGCCUGAAAUUCGAUGAGGAGAUCAUGGUGACUGGAUCCUCGGACUACACUUGCAUUGUUUGGGAUGUCAAGAAUGACUAUCGUCCCAUCCACCGACUUACUGCCCACCGCGCCGGUGUCUUGGAUGUCUGCUUCGAUGACCGUUACAUCGUAUCCUGCUCCAAGGACACCACUAUCUGUGUGUGGGACCGUCAGACUGGCGCCCUUCUGAAGCAGCUCAUGGGCCACCGCGGUCCGGUGAAUGCUGUACAGCUCCGUGGUGAUCUCAUCGUUUCAGCCAGCGGUGACGGUAUGGCUAAACUGUGGAACGUCGCCACCGGCCACUGCGUUAAGGAGUUCCCCAGUAAGGACCGCGGCCUCGCCUGUGUCGAGUUCAGUGAUGACGGCCGAACCAUCUUGACCGGUGGUAACGACCGGACCAUCUACCAGUUCGACGCCAAUACCGGCGAGCUGGUCAAAGAACUUCGUGGUCACACUGGCCUGAUUCGGUCGCUUCACCUUGACAGUAUGAACAAGCGUAUUGUGAGCGGCAGCUACGAUAUGAGUGUCAAGGUGUUCGACACAGACUCGGGCGAGCUCUCCAUCGAUCUGCCUGGUUGGACUACUAGCUGGAUGCUCAACGUCCAGUCAGACUAUCGACGAAUCGUGGCGACUAGCCAGGACUCGCGAGCCGUUAUCAUGGAUUUCGGCUACGGGUUGGAUGGUAUCGAGCUGCUGGAAGAGUGAUCUAUAUUUGCAUUUGUCUAUAUCUCAUGUUUCAUCUCAUAUUAGCAUUCAUCUUUCGUCUUUUUUAGCGUUGUGUUUUUGGUUAUACCUGGAGUUGGAACUAUGCGGUACAUUUGGAAAAUUGGGUACAGGACGGGGGAUAUCAGCACAUAGAUGCUCCGUGAUUUGUUUUCUGUUUAAAACCCUUGUUAGACUUAUACAAGAUUCAAUAUCGUAUAUACACGGAUUUUUGCGGCGACUUGAAAC